AUAAUAGAAAUAAUAAAAAGAAGACAAUGAGUAAAGGUUGGAUUUCCUGAAAUAGAAGUUUCAGCUGUUACAUAGUAUAAGUGCAUUCAACCAUGUGGAUACAACCCAAAAAUUGCAAGAACUGGUUGAAAACCUGCACUGACUCCUGGGUGAGUAAUGGACACAUGGUCCUGAUGUUGAGCAGAAUUAACUUGCAGGAGUGGGCUGUCAUAGCAGUGUUGGUGGGAAAGGAGUGUUGGUCAGCUAGUGUCACAUCCAGGUUAUCUGCAGUUGAGGCUAGGAACACCACAGAGUUUUCAGUAGGAAUGGAGAAGUCCUGACCUGAUAUGCCUUAUCUGGAAGAAAGGAAAAGCUCGGCCUUAUUGAAGUUGAGUUUCUGGUGGUGUGCAUUCUCUCCAUAACUUAUAAAUCAUGAUGAUUAAAAUACCUAUGUUGUUGCAUCAAUUAACAUAUUGUUCUUUCAUUAAAGGUCCAGUGUGUAACAUUAAGGAGGAUUGAUUAGCAGAAAUGGAAUAUAAUUUUCAUAGAUAUGUUUUUUAAUGCAUUUAUAACCUGAAAAUGUGUUUUUGUUGUCUCAUAAUGAGUCAUUUUUAUCUACAGAGGUCCUCUUCUAUGGAAACUGCCAUGUUGAACCACCAUGUUUCUACAGUAGCCCGGAACGGAAAAACUAAACACUGACUCUAGAUAAGACCUUCACGUUUUUUGUGACCUCUCAUUUUUUCUACACUGGUCCUUUAAAUCAUGAAUGCUGUAUUGUUCAUUCUUGUACAUUCCUGAAGUAGUCCAUGAAUUAAUUCAUUAUUCUUCAAGCAUGAAGACAUGUAUUAACCAAACUGGUUAUAUCAAAUUAAAAAAAGAGUCACCCCACAACCUACCUUGAAGUCAAUCAUCACCUUUCACCGUCAUCUUUUUUUCUUUAAAGUGCAGUGAUGUGUGAAUUUGAGAUUUCCAGCUCACAUUGGCUGAUUGAUGUUUCUCUUACGCUAGAAAAGCUAUAAAGGUCAGCUCCCAGGUCAGAAUUACCUCAGUGAAGGAGAGGGUGGCUCAUGAUGGGUUGGAUCACUAUUAUCUUAUUCACUCUGCUGGCAAUGUCAAAGUCAGAAAACCAAACGUGCAAAGUGAUCGGGCAAACAGGGUUUAGGGAAUUUUCAAAAGAAGGUGAUCUUAUUAUAGGAGGAGUAUUCUCUUUGAGUCGUACACGGAUACUGAUAGAUAAUGGUUACCAGGCAUUUCCAUAUUCAUACUGCAAAAUGUGGAAUGACAGGGAAUUGAAGUUUGCCCGGACAGUGAUUUUUACUGUGGAUGAGAUCAACAGAGAUACUAAGCUCCUUCCCGGAGCGAGUCUGGGCUAUAGGCUGUACAAUGGCUGUGGGGAAGAAAAUGUCAUACGAGCAGCCGUAGAAGCUAUAAAUGGAGAGGAUUCAAAGGGCUGCAGUGGUCAGGUCCAGGCUCUUUUAGGCCAUUCAUCUUCUGGUCUGAGUAAAGAUAUAAACAUCAUACUAAGCCCACUAUCCAUUCCACAGGUUAGCCAUUUUUCAACCUGUGCUUGUUUGAGUGACAAAAGACUAUAUCCCACGUUCUUCAGAACUGUGCCAAGUGACUACUUCCAAAUCCUCGGUCUGGUGCAGCUUAUGAAAUUCUUUGACUGGCGCUGGGUGGGGAUUAUUUACUCUGAAGAACUGUACUCAGAGGAAGGAACAGCUGAAUUCACUAAGGAAGCAAUGAAAGAGGGCAUCUGUAUUGAAUACAAAUUAUCUUUUUCUGAGACAUCUCAAAUGCUCUCAAAAUUUGAUGCUAUUGUAGAGACAAUAAGGGAAUCCUCGUCAAAGGUGGUCCUGUUGUUUACGUCUUUGUCUUACAUUAAAUCAUUCCUGUCAGAUAUGGAGAAUUAUAAUAUAACUGGAAAGCAGUGGGUUGGCAGUGAGUCUUGGAUCACACAAUCAGACCUGGCUUCUGUUGAGAGAAAGGGCAUUUUACAGGGGGCAAUGGGAUUUGCUCUUCCUCAGGCAUCCAUACCAGGUCUUGGUGAAUUCUUACUCAGUUUGAAACCUUCCGAUGAACCACAGAGUGAAAUAGUUAAAGCUAUCUGGGAGAAGUUCUUUGACUGCAGCUUCUCUCCAUCAAAUACCUCUGCUAUGUGCACUGGCACAGAGGAUCUCACGACAGUCUCUAGUGACUACACAGAUGUGACACAUUUCAGGGCUGAGAAUAAUGUGUACAAAGCUGUGUACUUGGUGGCAUAUGCCCUUCAUGCACUAUUGCAAUGUAAAAAUGGCUCAAAUCCCACCACUGGAAAGCCCUGUGUGAACAAGAAUGAAGUUCAGCCUAAGUUAGUGUUGGAACAUAUAAAGUAUGUGAACUUCACAACACAGAAUGGCGCCAAGGUUUUCUUUGAUGAAAAUGGAGACUCAGUGGCCCAGUAUGACUUAGUUAACUGGCAGAUGAAAGAAGAUGGCUCUGUUCAGAUUGUAAAUAUCGGUCAAUAUGAUACCUCUUUUCCAGAGGGGAAAAAAUUCAAACUAAAAGACAACACCAACAUAGUUUGGGGAGGAAACAGUAAUAAGGUGCCAAGGUCUGUCUGCAGAGAACCUUGUUCACCGGGGACUCGUAAGGCCAUUAACAAGUUAAAGCCUGUGUGCUGUUUUGACUGCAUUAAGUGCCCUGAGGGGACAAUAAGUAAUCAGACAAAUUCUCCAGACUGUUGGAUCUGUCCACCUGAAUUCUGGCCAAAUGAAAAGAAAGAUCAGUGUCUUCCAAAACCUGUUGAAUACCUUUCCUACAAAGAGAUCAUGGGGGCACUUUUAACUGGAUUUGGUUGUGUUGGUGUGUUUUUAUCUCUUUUGACAUCAAUCAUUUUUUUGACUCAUAGAGAGACUCCCAUUGUAAAAGCCAACAACUCUGAGUUGAGCUUCUUGCUGCUAUUCUCAUUAAAACUGUGUUUCCUGUGUUCUUUGACCUUCAUCGGCCGCCCCUCUGAGUGGUCCUGCAUGCUGCGUCACACAGCAUUUGGGAUCACCUUUGUCCUCUGUAUCUCUUGUGUUCUCGGAAAAACUAUAGUGGUUUUAAUGGCCUUCAGAGCCACACUCCCCGGCAGUAAUGUCAUGAAAUGGUUUGGUCCUACUCAGCAGAGGCUCAGUGUUUUGACUUUCACCCUCAUUCAAGUUUUGAUUUGUAUACUUUGGCUGACAAUCAACCCUCCAUUCCCAAAGAUGAACAUGUCAUACUAUAAAGAAAAGAUAAUCUUAGAGUGUGCCCUGGGUUCAGCUAUUGGAUUUUGGGCUGUGUUGAGUUAUAUUGGACUUCUUGCUGUAUUAUGUUUUAUACUCGCUUUUCUUGCUAGGAAGCUGCCAGACAGCUUUAAUGAAGCCAAACUGAUCACGUUCAGCAUGCUGAUAUUCUGUGCAGUCUGGAUCACUUUUAUCCCAGCAUAUGUCAGCUCUCCUGGGAAGUUCACUGUGGCUGUGGAGAUAUUUGCUAUUCUGGCCUCCAGUUUUGGUUUGCUGGUCUGUAUUUUUUUCCCAAAAUGCUAUAUUAUUAUCUUCAGGCCAGAGCAGAACUCAAAAAAACAUUUGAUGGGGAAAAUACCAGUAAGAACUUUGUGAUCUCUAAUUCAGAACUGUCCUCCAAAACAAAUUAAGACCACUCGUUUUGUUUUGUUGUCACAUGUGACAACAAAUAAACCAACUUUAUUGCAAAGUUGCAUUUUUUCCCUGGUAAUAGUUUUUUUUUUUUUUCUUACCCAGAUCAAGUGUCUAAGGACAGAGGGUGUUGAAUGUUGUAUAAAUUGGAAAGCCCCCUGAGGCAAAUUGUGAUUUGGGCUAUAUAAAUAAAACUUGACUUGACACAGUUUGACAGAUAAUGCAGAAACGCUACAGCUGUUGUAACUAAUGACCCUUGAACUUGUUGUGAUUUGUUGAAUAAAUUAUUUCAUUUUAUUUCA